AUGUUAAAAUUAUUUACUCAACGUCGAUUUUUGAACACGUCCUCCGUUUUGUUGAAUAAAACUACCGUAGCAAAAGCAUCUCUAGUUGAUCCUUCAACGUGGAAGGGUUUACCAAGUAAGGAUAUCUUUCGAUUGUUUCGCCAAAGGCAAGUAACCUUGGGAACUGAUUAUAAACGUUCUAAAGAAGAAUUAGACGCCUUAUUGUCCACUUCCAAAGAAACUGGUGUUUCUUCUCAAAAUAUUCGUUCAAUUUAUUACAGUGAAUUUCCAGAGGCUACUGCACAUAGAUUAGCAGGUGUUUCUUAUACUGAUGAUUAUUCCGUUCAUGAAUUUAAAUAUGAUGAUUUACCAUCACCAGCUCAAGAUUUGGUGCACCAACACCGUGAGCAAAGGUUUUACAACAGAUUGGCAGCACACGAGUUGCCUUUAUUGGUUCAAUAUCGCCAAGAGUAUAAAAGACCAAACUUUAAAACGCAUCCUGUGACUUAUAAAUACACCACGUAUAUUGGCGAAGAACAUCCAAAUAGCCGUAAAGUGGUUUUAAAUGUUAAAACUGCCGAGAUUCCAGGUUUAGAACCAAAAGAAUUGCACAAAUUAAGAUUAUUGGCUAAAACUAGAUAUGAUAGCACAACCGAUGUUUUGAAAAUGUCUAGUGAUAAUUAUCCAGAACCUGCGCAAAAUGCUCGUUAUUUGUCAAAUAUUUUGCAAAGAUUAAUUAAAGAAGCUAAAAAUCAAGAAGAUUCUUUUAGUGAUAUUCCUUUAGAUACCAGACAUAUAACUGCAAGACAAUUAAGAAAAAGAAAAACCAAUUCAAAUAAAUUCCCAAUGGAAUGGGCUCGUCCACAAGAUGCUCCAAAGGAAACCAUCAACCCUGCCAAGUUGUUAAUGGAGACUUUGAAAUAG